AUGGCUUCAGCUGAAAAGCCCUCUGACAUUAUCCAGAAGGAAAGAAAGCAGUUGAUUGAAAUCAUCCGUGAGGACCUAGAACUUGUCCUAGAUGACUUAGUCUCUCAGUCCAUCAUCACAGAAGAAGAAUAUGAAGCACUGGACAAGUUGAAAGAGGAUUCGAGGAAGAAAACUAGAAAGCUGCUAAUCUUAGUGCAGAAAAAAGGGGGAGGAGCCUGCGGCCAGUUCCUGGAACGUUUAGAAAUUGCAUACCCAGGUUUAAAUCUGGCUCUACAGUGUUCAGACCACGGCUGCUCAAGUCUGGAACAAAAAGCUGAGAUUCAGCAAGAAGCAGAACAAGAAGAGAAACACCUUGCCAAAGAUAGAAGAGGAGCACUUAAAGAUAUUCUAACCAAGUUAAAAUUGCAGAAGAAUCAAAGCAAGAAAUUCUCCCAGAAAGAAGUCCUGGAAAUCAGUUCUGAGAGUCUCGAGGAAUGUACUCCCCGUACAAUGGAAGACUUGCCAUGGAAUUUUCUGAGGAAGAUCUUGGCUUUGAAUGUGACAGCCAGGAGCACCAGACUGGAGAAAGGGACAUCGGAUGAUCAGAGAGAAAAGGAGGAGAACAAGAGGAUUGAUGAGAUUAUCUUUCCCAGUAUCAAGAUGGACGAAAGCAUUUCUGUGAACCCCCUUGAUGUGCUUUGUGCUGUUCUGCUUUGUUCGGAUCGUUUCCUCCAGCAGGAGAUCCUUUUCAAAAUGUCCAUGUGCCAGUUUGCCUUGCCUUUACUUCUGCCUCCUUUAGAGACUUCCCAGUGCACCUUGAUGCUCUGGGCCAUGAGAGACAUUGUGAAAAAAUGGCGGCCCCAUUCCUUGGCGGACAGCAGGGGCUUUAAAGAGGAGAGCCUGGUGCUCACAUCCAUGCCGACCAUCUCCUUUGUGCGGAUGGGGAGUCUGAGUUUCUCCAAGUCCAAACUCUUGAAUGAGUUUCUGAGCCUCUCCCAACAGCACCACGAUUUCUUUGUACACCGAGACAUAGAGGGUGGGAACAUCUUUCGAGGAAUCGCUGAUGGGCUUGUAGAAAUAGCCUGGUAUUUCCCAGGAGGGCAGAAGAGUUCAGAUCUCUUUCCAGAACCAGUAGCAUUUGCAAAUCUCCAUGGAGACCUUGAGUCACACCAUGCGCAGUUUAACUUUUUAUCAGAGAUUUCCUCAGCUAUAUUUAUAUCUGCAGACUGUAUUAAUGAAAAAGAAUAUAAGUUCUUGUUAUCACUGAAGGAAUCGUCAACUGAGUACUACUUCAUUUUGGAAUGUGGUGAAAACUUUGGUAAAACUUGGGAUUAUUUAAAUGACUUGGCUCCAGUGCUUAAAUUCAACAAUUCACAUAUCCUAGAAAAAGCUGCCAGGACUAAUACAGCAGAAUUUGUAGAACAGCUACGAUCUACUGUUGGAAGAAUUGUCAGUGCUCAUCCCAAGAGGUUAAGUAUUGAUAAUAUGGCUGCAGUGGCUCGUGAGCUUUCAAUCCAGGUAGAUGAGGAUAGCCAAGAAUGUCAGGAUACACAUAGAUGUGCUUUAGAAAUAAGAGAAGAUGUCAGAGAUGUAGCCAUGUACAAGAAAGACAUGCUGAAACUCCAAUGCGAUCUCUUGAAAAACCUAGCAAAAGUGGAGAAAGAAUUGUGCAGAAUGGAAAGACAAGGAGAUGUGCCUUCCGAAAAGUAUAGAUCUGAACUGGUAGGCAAAUUGAUGGCUCUGCGUCAACAGCAAAAUGAGUGUGACCUCAGUACUGGUUUGAUCAAUUUCAUCCACGGCAUUGACCAUUCACAGUCAGCAAAAAAGCAUUACUUCUUAAAAUGGAUGAAGUUUAACCUGGAUUGCAUUGCUAGGGUGAAUCUUUCUAAGCUACGGGAUGAGUACAAAGAGAAAUGCCGGAGUUCAGGAGAUGAUAGUCAGAAGGUUGCCGAGGUAGACCAUCUGAUUUCUUCUUCCUCCUUGGGCAUUGAGCAUUUCAUGAGAGAACUGGGUCAGUUUUAUGAGGCGGAAUGUUAUGAGGUGGAAGAAGGCAAAUUAUCUAAAACCCGAAGGCAGUUUGUUGAUUUCCCAAGCAUUGCAGCCGAUUUGAUGCUAGAAGGAUUUCCUCUAGAGCUGAUCGAUGGAGAUGUCUCAAACAUUCCUCUGCAGUGGAUAACUGAUGUUCUGACUCUACUGAACAGCAAGCUGAGAAGUCAAUCCAAAAUGUUUGUGAUAACUGUGCUGGGAGUGCAAAGCACUGGAAAGUCCACCCUUCUCAACACUAUGUUUGGCUUGCAGUUUGCUGUGAGCAGCGGCCGAUGUACACGCGGUGCCUUCAUGACCCUUCUUAAGGUCAGGGAGAAUUUGAUUCAUGAGCUGGGCUGUGAUUUCAUUCUAGUGAUAGACACAGAAGGCUUGAAAGCUCCUGAACUGGCCAAGCUGGAAGACAGCUAUCAACACGACAACGAAUUAGCCACUCUGGUGAUUGGGCUGAGCGACAUAACAAUAGUGAACAUGGCCAUGGAGAAUGCCACUGAAAUGAAGGACAUCCUGCAAAUUGUGACCCAUGCCUUCCUCAGGAUGGAGAGAAUUGGGCACAAACCCAACUGCCAAUUUGUCCAUCAGAACGUCAGUGACGUUUCUGCGCAUGACCAAAAUAUGAGGGACAGGAAACAUCUCGUGGAACAACUCAAUGAAAUGACCCAGGCUGCAGCAAAAAUGGAAAAACUCGACAAAGACAUCAAGUUUUCAGACAUCAUGGAUUAUGACCCAGAAAUACACAACUGGUACAUCCCAGGCCUGUGGCAUGGAGUCCCACCUAUGGCUUCGGUCAACAGGGGCUACAGUGAAAAGGUCUUUGAGUUAAAGAAGUAUCUGUUUGAAUUCUUAAGGGAACGUUCAGGGAAAAGGAGUCCCAAAGACAUCCCUCAGUUUAUUGAGUGGCUCAAGAGCCUGUGGAAUGCCGUGAAACACGAGAACUUCAUCUUCAGCUUCCGAAACAGCCUCAUAGCAGAAGCUUACAACCAGCUAUCUACCAAAUACUCUGAAUGGGACUGGGGCUUCCGCAGAGAGAUGCACCUGUGGGUAUCCGAGCAGGAAACGUUGAUACAGAAUGCCUCACCUGAUGAACUUGACUGCUGGAACUGGCAGCUUGAGCUUCAAGAGAAACUUUUGUCUGGAGAGCAACAGAUUUUGGAGAGUUUGAACAGUUACUUUGAAAGUGGAGCAUCAAAUCUGCAUUUGGUGGAAAGGUACAGAGAAGACUUUGUCAGGAGCACCAAAAGCCUGAAGAGUGAGCUUGAAAGUUAUUCUUACAACAAAUGUAAAGAUGCCAUUCACAUUAAAAAAGGUGGUCAAAAGAUUGACAGUCUUCAAACUGAAUACUUGAAAGUAAUUGAAGGAAAGGUUGACAGGCUUCUUGAGGAAUGCAGGAAAGAAGAGCAUAGGUUAGAACAUUACAUGUUAGAAAGAGAAUUUGAAAGAAUGUGGACGAAAACAUUGUCAGAAAUAUCACCUGUUCCUUUAGAAAAUCGGCAAAUAUAUGUAGAUGUUGAAAGGUAUUUGAGGAAGGACUUGUCUCAUCGUGGAAGUUCAGUCAACCUAAAAGUACAAGAAGCAACAAACUGGUUAAACUACAGGAUGAACACUUUUGAGAUGAAAUCAGAAUAUAUAAAUCCAUCGUUCUGGCGCCGUGUGAAGAGCAUGUUUUCUGAUCAGGAGCAUUUGUGUAAAGCUGAAGAAUUUGCUAAGGCAUUGAAGUCCAGUUGCAUGCAGUACAUUAAUGAAAAGGCCAGUUCCAGAGGAGAUUACGAUGAAAACUAUUGUGUUGAACUUCUACAUUUGAUCAAUGAAAAGCUUCAGCUUCGUGAGUUUACAAAACUUCAAACAACACCUUCCUUUGAAGUGGACCUAAAGCUUCAUAUUUUGGGAGAAGCGGCUCAUUCCUUUCAGAAGAUGCACGAAGAUUUCGUUAAGGAAAAUGAUCCCCGGGUACGCCUAGAGAAACUGAAACCUCAGUAUUUCUCCACUUUCACAGAUCUUUAUCUGGAAAAAGAUGCCCAUCAAAACCGAGCUAAGAAUUUCUGUGACCAGUGCCUCCACCCUGCUCUGGUGGAUUAUGUCAACCGAAGACUUGGGAUAGAAAUAGUGGAUGACCUUCUCCUUGGCACACAGUCCAUUGAAUGUGCCAGUCGGAGCUUCUUCCAGUUUACAGUCCUGAAGGAGCUGUUGGAAAAGAGAAAUGUCAACAACUAUCUGAAAUAUAUAACAGCCUAUGAGAAGUUUGUCAAGAGCUGGAUUUGGAGACAAAUAUUAGAGCGCUAUAGAAAAAAAGGAAAUUUGGAGAAUUUGGAGAAUGAAAUUCUCUCUGCAAUAGUAAAGAAAAUCAGGGAAAUGCUGAAGAACCUGGUGCAUAAAGGUGUUGAAAAGAUACCAGAAUUUUUGGAAAUGUUUUGUAAAGAAAUGCAGAAGGAGCUGGUUAUUUCUAAGGACAGCCUGGUAGGCAUACAAUUCAAGAACAUGUCUAAUCCUAGCCAAUUUGCUGCUUAUGUGGAAAAUUUUCUUCCAGAUAUGGAAAAACAAAUAGUAUCUGAAUUUGAUGCCCUGGAUCUUGAAUCCAAAUUCUCCAAACUGCCAGUGAAGCCCCAGGAUGAGCUCUUCAAGCGGGUGUUUGGCUGUGGGAAGCAGUGCCCCUUCUGCAAAGUGCCCUGUGAGGCUGGAGGGGGUGCUCACAAGGAACAUUUUGCAUCUGUCCACCGGCCUCAAGGGCUGGGAAGAUACAGAGAAAUAGACUCACAAAAGCUAAUGUAUGGUCUGUGCUCCACGUACGUGGCUUCCCAAUGGCAAUUCAAAACUCUAGACACAGGCUGGGAAUGGCAUCCAUACAAAGAUUACCGGGCCUAUUAUCCAGAUUGGUGCAUCCAACCAGACCCCAGUAUCCAUGCUUCUGACUACUGGAAGUUUGUUUUUAAAGAGUUCAAUCAUGAUUUUGCACAUCACUACAAUGCUAAGACAGCAGAUCUGCCAGAAGACUGGAAAAAUAUUACCGAGAAACAAGCACUGGAGGCUUUAAAAGAAACCUAUAACAUGAAGUAA